GACGGACCAUUCGAGAGACUCAUCUAAGAAUGCGGGGCCUUGCUGGCGUUUACGACAUUGCAUCGCGUACCUUCUCACGCCAGUGGUCCAUUUGUGUCCUCCAAAGGUGCUUCGACCUUCCAGUUGCUUCAUCUUGUCUAUGGAUAAAACGGCCCCGUCAUGGGGUACGCGGAUCUACUGGUCUUGCCAAGAGCUAAUCGUCCAAUAGAAAGAUAUGUCCUUCGCAGUCAUUCGCGGCCACCCUUGGCACAUGUCGUUUUUCUAUGUCACGAUAGUACAAUCGAGAACCGCAGGGAUGUGCAAACCUCCGGGCGAUGCCAUCAUCUUGAACCGAAGAAUGGAACAUUUGAUAGAUCCUUGCCGGACACCAUUCUUGAUGCAAGAUGUGUGCCUUGGAAAACCCUGACGAGUCUAUGUCAUCGUUGAAGGGAAAGGUCGUAAAACUGGGUCGUGCGUGGUGAUGCGUGUGUAUCAAGGAGGUCAACAGUACUCUCUUCAUAGUACUUCCCACCAUUAUCUUUCGCUCGACCCUCUAUUGAGCAGGCUCGCACGCUAUUUUGCACCCGUAGUCCAGCAUGUCGCCUUCAUCUCUGCAGGCUACUCUCCAUUUGUGACCACCGUCAUGUACACUCCGUUCAAAUCAGA